CCACCUUCCAAAUAAAUAGACCGUUCGUUUCUAUUUUCCUCCAAACCCAUGCCCUUAUAUAAAACCCUAUCCUCUUUGCGAGAGUUUUCACAAUCUCCUCUCUCUAUCUGUCUCUCUCUGUCUAUCUCUCUCCGAUUUCAAGAAGGAUUUCUAAUGGCUGUUCAAGCACAAUAUCCGUCCUCCAAUGCUUUUAGAGCACGGGAAGGAGUUUUCGAUGAGUUACAGCUGCCGCACCGCGAAAACCAGAACGGGAAUCUUUUGAAGGGCUACAGCAAUUACGCCGUGCAACCUCAGAUUUUGAAUGGAACGGUUUUCAGUGAGCCGGGAAGCGAACUGACCUGUAAUGCGUCUGGAUCUCGCAAGAGAAGCCGCGUCGAUCAAAUGCCUCUUCCGAAGCCGCAGAUUUCGCAGUUCCUUAAUAAAGCUCCCGAAAAGGCAGCAGCUGCUGGGAUUUCUACAGGUUUACAACUCUCUUACGAAGAUAAUCGAUUGAUUGAAUCGGCGGCCACAUCGACUAGCGGAAGAUCUGCUGUAAUUUCUCCAAUGCUUCUCUCUCAAGAUCUUGUCUCCUGCUUCUACAACGAAAGUAUUGAAAUAGAUGCGUUAAUACGACUCCAGAACGAGAAGCUACGAUCUGGAUUGGAAGAGACGCGACUAAGCCAUUACAGAUCUAUGCUUUUGAUGCUGGAGCAAAAGUCAUUGAAGUGUCUAAGGGAAAAGGAGAGAGAACUCGAUAACGCUCGACGCCGGAACGCGGACCUAGAAGAGAAGGUGAAGCAGAUGAGCGCUGAGAAUCAGAUCUGGUUUCACAUGGCGAAAAACAACGAAGCGAUCGUUUCAAAUCUACGGUCGAGCCUCGAGCAGGUCCUGCUCCACAACUCCGCCACCACGAAAGAGGGCUACGGCGAUAGCAGCGACGGCCUCACUCUAGUCGCAGACGACGCCGUGUCAUGCUGUUACGAAGAUGUGGAAGAAAGAACCGACACAGCACAGGAGAAUCGGGCGUUGAAAUAUCGGAGAACGUGCAAGUCGUGCCGGGUAAAUGAGGUAUCGGUACUGUUGCUCCCGUGCCGGCAUCUUUGCUUGUGCAAGGACUGCGAGUCGAAGAUGGAUUCGUGCCCAAUAUGCAUGUCGAUGAGGAACGCGAGCCUUCAGAUCUUCAUGUCGUGAUUUCCCGCCAUUCGUACCUGGAUUUUGCCUGGCAGCUAAGGUUUUUUGAAUUUUCCUUUUUGAUCUUUGGUAUGGGCUUUUGACGUAGGCUGUAUAGUUUCUGUUAUGUACGGAUUGGCCCUUUUUCAGUGAAUCGCCUGAAAAAAUUUCCCGUGCAUGGCGAUUACAUGAUUAGUAAAAAUCUCUUCUUUUUAUCUCC